AUGUUUGAAGAGCAUGGAAUUGAUUUGUUGGGAAGAAGAUUUGCUUUUCAAGCAGGGUUGUGUGCAAUUUUGAAGAAGGUCUCCGGAAGUGAUAGUUGUGCAGCAACUGAGCUUGUAAUUUGUGUUGUGAAUUGUGGAACUGUUGUCAUUUUGACAACUUGUGCUGGAUUGUGGAGACACACUGAUAAAUUUACUGGAGUAAAAGCAGGAGCAAUUGGUGGAAUUUUAAUUAAUGGACUUUCUCAUAUUCUCAAAGCUUUUGAAACCAAGUAUGAUCCAGGAUUGUUGACAGCUGUCUUGUUUUUUAUUCCAUGCUCAGUUUGGCUCAUGAUUAUUGAAUCAAGAAAGAAUGGAAUUGUUAAGGUUGUCCUAUUCAGUUUAUUGAUGGGAAUUAUUCUUCAUGCUGUGUUGAUUUCUUCACUCAUUCUCUCAAUGAAAGGUUUAAUUGAUACUUCUCUAUUACCAACCAUUCAAAUCAUUAAUGGUUUCCUUCCUCUCAUGAUUACAAUAUUACAGGGUGAGGCAUCAUCAAUUUCUGAAAGAAAAACCAAAACUAAUUAG